CCUUCCUUUUCAAAUUGUACUUAGAUUUAUUAUAAGAAUAAGAGCAAAAUAAUAUAAACCCACGUCAAAGAAAUUACAAUAUUUGAAGAAAAAGCUCCAGAUAGAGCGGGUGCAAUCGUUUGAAACUCUGUAUUUUAAGCAUAUUGUACUGUAUUAUUGAACAUCGUUUGAGAUAAUUUUGGUGUGCAAAUUCACACCAAAAUGGUGGAAGGAGGUUUCCAUCGUGCAGACAAGACCGAGUUCACGGAAUGUUUCCGCACCACAUGGCAAACACCAUAUAUUUUGCGGCUCGCUUUCACGGCCGGCAUUGGUGGCCUCCUCUUCGGCUACGACACAGGUGUGAUAUCGGGAGCAUUGCUGUAUAUCCGUGAAGACUUUGACUCCGUGGGCAAGAAAACAUGGCUCCAGGAAAUGAUAGUGAGUAUGGCAGUAGGAGCAGCCAUCAUCGGCGCAGCCAUCGGGGCUUGGAUGAACGACAGCCUCGGGAGAAGGAAAUCCAUUUUAACAGCAGACAUUCUAUUUUUCGUGGGUGCGAUAGUGAUGGCUGCUGCUCCAGUUCCUUGGGUGAUUGUCCUUGGACGGGUCUUCGUUGGAUUGGGAGUUGGAAUGGCAUCGAUGACUGCCCCUCUCUACAUAUCUGAAGCCUCUCCGGCUAGGAUUAGAGGAGCACUUGUCGGCAUGAAUGGUCUCCUGAUCACAUUUGGACAAUUUUUAUCCUACCUUAUCAAUCUUGGCUUUACUCAGGUACCGGGAACUUGGCGCUGGAUGCUUGGGGUAGCCGGGAUCCCACCUUUGGUUCAGUUUUUCCUCAUGUUAUCACUUCCUGAAUCUCCUAGAUGGCUGUACAGAAUGAACAAGAAAGAAAAGGCAAGGGAAAUUCUGGAAAAGAUCUACCCUCAAGAAGAAGUUGAACAAGAGAUGAAUCUAUUGAAGGCAUCUAUUGAAACGGAAGAGGCCAUUGAGGCAGACAUAGGAAACAAUCUCAUCACGAAGUUGAGAAGUGCACUGGGAAACGUUGUAGUGAGAAGGGCGCUUUGUGCUGGCAUUGCUGUUCAAGUAGUGCAGCAAUUUGUUGGCAUCAACACUGUCAUGUAUUACAGCCCCAGCAUCAUGCAGUUCGCUGGCUAUGCUUCCAAAGUGGUUGCUUUAGGCCUUUCUCUUGUCACAGCUGGUCUGAAUUGCGUAGGCACUGUUAUCAGCAUGUGUUUCGUCGAUAGAUAUGGCAGAAGAAAAAUGAUGAUCCUUUCUUUGAUCUGCAUCAUUAUUGGCCUCGUUGCGCUAUCCACCGUGUUCAAUACCUCAGCUAAGAAUGCACCUGGAAUCAAUAAUUUUGACUCCACCCACUUUGCUCCCAAUGGCACCUGCUCCGCAUACGCUUCUGUCCCCAGCACAUCUUCUUGGAACUGCAUGGACUGCCUGAAGCUGCAGUGCGGCUACUGCGCAAGCGAAGGCGAUCAAUUUCGACCGGGGGCUUGCUUGGCUAAUGAAAAGGCAAUAGGAAAUACAUGCCGGGGAAGCAAUCGUGUGUGGUACGAUAAGGGCUGUCCUAGCAAGCUGGGAUUAUUGGCUGUGGUGCUUCUCGGAUUAUACAUUAUAGUUUACUCUCCGGGAAUGGGGACGGUGCCAUGGAUUGUGAACGCAGAGAUCUAUCCACUGAAAUACAGAGGCUUUGGAGGAGGUAUGGCAGCUAUGGCCAACUGGACAUCCAAUCUGAUUGUGAGCAUGACCUUCUUGUCUCUGACCGAGGCUCUGGGUUCUUGGGCUACUUUCCUUCUUUAUGCUGGGUGCUCCUUCAUCGGCCUCAUUGUCAUCUUCCUGGUGGUGCCGGAAACGAAAGGCUUGCCUCUUGAGGAGAUUGAGAACGAGCUUCGAAGAGGCUUCAAGCCAUUUGGUAGGAAAUCCGAGAAUAAUUAAAUGGUGGGGGUGGCUGCUCGAUGCUACCAACAAUUAUGUGUGCCUGAGUGCUGUCUUCUGUCUGGAUUUGUUAAUCAAAACACUUUUAUGGAUAGUUUUCUUGCUGUUCUUUUCGUAA